AUGCUGCGUCUUUGUUCUCGACCCGUGGCAUCUAUGUUCAAUGGUGUUGCUCGCCGACAUGAUCCAGCAAUGCACAACGCCAUCCGCUCGUUAUCAGCCUACCAUUUUGAUACCUUCAAAUUCGUCGAACGAUUAGAAGCUGAAGGGUUCUCUCGUGAGCAAAGCGAAGCUAUCAUGGCCUCUUUACGUGAAGUUAUCUCUGAGAGUAUGACCGAGCUUACCAAGGGCAUGGUUACCAAGGCAGAACAAGAAAAGACUGUAUAUACAUACAAGGUCGACUUUGCACACCUUAAAUCCGAGAUCCAGCUGUUAGAAAAGAACGAUUUUACGAUGAUGAAAGCUGAAAACGAUCGAUUGCAGGGUGAGGUGGAAAAGUUACGGCAAAAGCUACGCGAAGAGAUUACCCGUACGCAGGCGAAUGUAAGGCUUGAUUUGCAUUUGGAGAAAGGACGUAUUCGUGAUGAAGCAAGUGCACAAGAAAUCAAGAUCAAGGAAACGGAUACCCGUAUCGAGAGUGAAAUUGCAGGUUUGAGAACCCAAAUGGAAGCCAUCAAAUUCCAGAUCCUGCAGUACAUGAUUGGUACAAUCACUGGUGCUGGAGCUUUAUUCCUCGCAUACCUCCGCAUGUUCCGAUGA